UGACCUAGCACAGGCAUCACUGUCCAUCCCUUGCCCCAGAUCAGAGGACAUACUCUCCCUGCACACCCGGGGGUUAAGUAACAAGAUGCCCUUCUACUGUAUGUGUCCUAAUUCCCAGCAGCAGCCACAGGGUGUACAUGCUGUACCCGGGUGCCCAGGAAUACACACGUCGGACGUGAUGCCCGGGGCUCCCUGAUGUCUUCUGUUCCAGCACAGCAGAGUGAUGGAUGUAAAGGGCUUCUCCUGGCACAUGCCCAGCACACCCCUUCCCAGCACCGGAGUGGCCGGCUGCACUCCGAGGCAACGCCUUCUCCCUGCCAGGAGACACAGCCCCCUCUCUCUGUCUAUGGGAAGCGAUGCUGGGCACAGGAGAGGAGGCUCCCAGGCACCCAACUCCUACCACCUGUCACCGCCCUGCACACACGGGGAAGCCCGGUGCACCCUCCCCGGCUCUCUCAUCUGCACCCACCCGUGCUCUUGAGACUUUAAUCGGAUUACUGGCUAGUGGCGGGGAGUCUGUGCUGAGACUUUUGCUGGUCUGUGCGAUUCCCCUCCCCCCUGGCAUCACCGUCAGCAGCUGAUCUGCGGUCCGGGAGCUGCAACAGUGUGCCCGGGUGCGAAGUCAGGUGCCCCCACCCCCCUGCCCCCUACACAUCUCCUCCCCCGUGCAGGCUGUGCAUUGCAGCCAGCGUGCUCCGCUUUGUUUUGGGCGUGUGGUGAAAGUUGUGCAGCCAGGAAGGGAGUCGGUGGCUGUAGGCUCUGUGGCUCGGGUCCCGGUGGCUGGAGUCCCGGUGGCUGGAGGCUUUGUGAUUUGGCUCCCGGUGGCUGGGACAGGCUUUAAGUAGACCGAGAAGGAAGAGGACUGGCAGCAGUGUGUGUGUACUGGAAACACUGUUGCCCUGUAGCAUCCCCUGUUCUGACUGCACAGGUGCUGGAGGGAUCCUGAUCUAGUCUGCCUGUUGCAGUCCCAGGUGACACCUUGUGCAAUGAUGAACUGGCUGGAGUGACUGUCUCCCUGGGGACUUGUUCCUGCUUCUAAAGAAUGAAGCCACCUGUCUAAUUUACUCUGCUGUGUGACCCCCUGGGAUCAAGUCGGAUGCCUCUCCUGGGGGCUCAUUCACACCACCAUGGGCACCAAGCAGACCAAGGUCUGUCAGGCUUCCAGUGCUGGAAGGGAAAGCCCUCAGCACCCUCUGGGAUCCCGGAGGAACACCCCUGCCAGAGAGAGAGGGGACUUCUGGUCUUCUUUUGGGGUGAAGUCUGGGGAUAAAUUUGGGAAAAGUGGAUCAGGAAGCCUCCCCCCUUAUCACAGAAGAAUUAGGAUGAUACAGGACAUGAUGUUGCUGCUGCAGCAGGGGAGGCAAGAGGAGGCCACAGAGUUGCUGCGACACCUCCGCCAGGAUCUGGGCAUGGAGUCUACAUCCUUGGAUGAUGUCCUUUAUCGAUAUGCAAGCUUCCGGAACUUGGUGGAUCCCAUUACCCAUGAUCUGAUAAUCAGCCUAGCAAGAUAUGUUCAUUGCGCCAAACCGGAGGGAGAUUCGCUGGGGGCAAUGGAGAAAGUGUGCAGACAACUGACAUACCACCUCAGCCCUCACUCACAGUGGAGACGUCAAGGUAUUGUAAAGAGAAAGCCGCAGGCCUGCCUAAAGGCGCUUUUGGCCGGAAAACCUCAAGGUGGAACUAUAGAUCUUUCUGGAAUUCCACUCACCAUGAAGGAACUGGAACGGGUGAUGCUUUAUCUCCAGCACAACUCAGAAGAGUUGGAGAACGUGGAGAUCUGCUUUACUGAACUCACAGACGAAAUGUUUCUACAUAUUAUGCCAGUUCUCAGUGCCCUUCCACACCUCUCCACUCUGGCCCUCAAUGGAAACCGUUUGACAAAAGCCAUCCUGAGGGAAAUUACGGAAGCUUUGAAGGACCUCAAGAAGUUCCCCAGCAUUACUUGGAUUGACCUUGGCAAUAAUGUGGACAUCUUCUCUCUGCCACAACCCUUUUUAGUUAGCCUCAAGAAGCGUUGUCCGAAACAGGGGAAUUUGCCAACUAUUUUAGAGUUUGGAGAGGGACAGUUAAGUGACCUAGAGAAUCAAGAUGCAUCAACAGACAUUGAAGAUGAACAAACUGCUAGUGGUUUAGAAGAUAAGAGUUCUCAAUCACAAAGUUAACCAGAUGCUUCCUAAUGUAAAGUGACCUUUAAUUUGAAAUACUUUAUAACAGAAUAGGCUGUUACUAUGUCUUUAAGAGCCAAGUCAAGAAGAACCCGCCCUCUUAGUGUCUGCUGUCCUAACUGUGACUUUGUAUGAAAUGUUUAUAAGCAUCUGCCAAAAUGUGACUAUGAUCAGUUUUGGCACUUUCUUUAUCUCCACUAUCUGUCCAGCGAUAUUGAGCUUCUCCCUGUGUUUGAGAAACAAUUUUAUAGAAACCAAAUGAUUCUUUCAGACAGUUUAUUUUAUUAGGUUAUGAUCUCAGCUCUUAACUACUGAAGAUUAUAAUGAUUACAUUUCAAACUGAUCUGGAGGUUAGUAAAAAGGAAAAACAAUGUAUGCAGUAAAUCCAUAAAUCAGUAUUCAUUUAGAACCAAAACCUUCUGCAAGAUAUUCUGUUGGAUACUGAACAGAAAAUGGAUUUGCUACCUAAAUGACAGACUAGAUAUAAUGCUAUGUUUAUUGUACUCAGUUAUACCCCUUUUCACAACGCCAAUGCUGGAUCCCACUCGGGAAUUAGAAACGGACCUUCCCGGGUGGGAUCCGGCAUUGGACCUUAACAGCUGGCUCCCUGACCCAGCAAUUUGCCGGGUCGGUUGCGAUAGCGGCAGGGGGGCGGAGCCGGCAGCGGGACGGAAGCGGCGCUGGGAGAUGAGCUCAUCUCCGCACCGCCAUUCCCUAUGUAGUGAACUCGUUCACGCUGCCACUGACCCAGUAUUUAACCCAGGAAUAACACUGCUUUAUUCCCGGGUUGAAUCACUGGGUCAGGCGACCCGGGAAUUCGACCAUGGCCUUUUCACACCGCACACUGGCCCGUGUCGACCCGGCAAUACGCCGGGUGGAUACCGGGUUAUUUGUGCGGUGUGAAAGGGGUGUUAGGGUUCAGCUAAAUACUAGAUUUGGCACAACUGAUAAAUAUUUUCUUAGAUUUGUUAAAACUAACAAAUAAAGGAUGAAUUAUAUGUAGUACAGCUGAAAAGCAUUCAGUAAAUAAGCAAUUUAUAUAAUUGUAUUUACAUUUCAACAUAGCCGAGCAGUAGGGUAGUAUUCUGUUUCCACAACAGAUUAAAACAAAUCUAUAUUUGAAAUAGAAUAUCAGGUUUUCACAAAUAAUGGCCUCAAGUGCUAGUUCUGUGGUAUGCUUUGGGGGUUAAUUAAACCCCUUUCACAUAGAAAAUGAAAUUACCGGGUGAAACAGUUCUUUCCGGUAAUUUGCCGAAAAAUACGGGUCCCUUUUCUGUGUGUGGUUGUAAUUCCCUGGACUUCGACCCAGGAAUUUACCAUGGUUGGGGACCCGGAAAUUUCGAACCGGGUUAAUGCUUUCACACAGAGGAAGUACCCAUUUUGAUCCACAAAUUACCGGGUAGAAAUUCUUGACUCAGUAAUUUGCUUCUCUGUGUGAAAGGGGGUAGGGGGGUCAGGCAGAGACCAGCAAAACUGAUGUGCCGGAUAAUUGACGGGAUUUCUGUCUGAAAAGGCUAUUAGAGAUCGACGCAGAUGCACUCAGAAUAGACAUAAACAUGCAUAUAAAAGAUGCGUCUAGCUUAAAAAGAGUAGUGUUCGCGCCAAGUAUAUACUAACAAUAAUAAUGGCAUAGAGAUAUAAUUUUUUUAGGAUUUUUCCCAAUGUUUCACCCGUAUUUUUUACAUGCUAUCCAAUAUGGUCGCCUAUAAUAAAAAAAAAAAAAAAAAUCUCACCAAAAUGAGGCAGGUGAAACAAAAUCCCUAAUAAGCCGCGGCUCGCAAAGGCUUCUCAGGGCUGAUAGGAUAGCCCCCGGCGAGACAAUUAGCUGUGACUAAUUGGAUACCCCUGUUAGUAAUAAAUAUUAUUAAUGCACAAUAUAAUGAUGUAAUGCAGUGUCAUACACACAAGAGAAAAGUGUUAAUAUAUACAUUACAUAAAUACAACACAACUACAAAGUAAAUUCGAAACAUCUGUUAUUUUCCCCUUAAAUACUGUAUCAUAUGGUAGUCUUCUUUCCUGCAGUAGUCCAAAUGGCAAUGUCAGUUAAGUACCCCGCUUCCACUUCAUGUAAUAUACAGUAUCCGCUUAUGAUAAAAUGACCAUUAGUAGCAGCUAUCUAGAACUCUUGAUAUCAUCAGUCAUACAGCAAUAGAUAGGCCUCUUAAAAAGGUUUAUUUCCAUGAGUCUAGUUGUAUCACAAUUACUGUACUUAUCCUGUGCUGGUCUGGCCUGGUUGCUUCUCUCCAGGUAUAAGGAAAUGCAAGAAACGUUAAUAGAAAUCUUAUUUUCUUACAGUAUAUCAUGGAAUCAAAGUGGUUAUUCUGAAUUCUUACAAAUGAUCGAUACAAAAUGCAAUGUAAAUGUCCAAUAAAAACUCUUCACAUUUGCAUACAAAAGUUGGCAUUAAGGCUUCCCAGUCCCAUUCCAACACUUCACACAGCAUAACACUCUAUCCCAGUAUAACACUCUAUCCCAGCAUAACACUCUAUGCCAGCUCAAGUCAUAUGCUAUGAAUUCCACAACAUGUAAAAUAACAGUGUGGACUGACAUUUCCCAGAAAAGUGGUGCUUGGACAUAGGAUCACUGGAUGGUUGCACCUCUGUGAAACAGCCUCCAUUUGCACGUACUGUAACUCAUUUUUUGCCAUUGUCCAUGUUCUCGUUCUCUUGCAGACUGCAGCAGAAUUUCCUCUCAGAUUGUCUGUCUCUUGCUACAUUCUAUAUACCCUCUAUUUACAUGUUUCCCAUUCCUGAAGCAGAGAAAAAUCCCCAUAGCAUUAUGCUCCUGAUGGAUUACAUAUGUUUUACCGGAGGACGGGAUGCUGGCAGCGGGGCGAGCGCUAAGAGUCCCCUUGCGGGCUCGGUAGCUCGCUGUGCUCGCCACAGGAUCUAUUCCCACUCUAUGUCGUGGACACCUGCGAGUGGGAAUAGCCCUGGUGCCCUGGCUGUCGGCAUUGUCGGCUGUUGGGAUUUCGGCGUCGGUAUACUGAACGCUGGGAUCCCAAUAGCCAGCAUUUUAACAUCAACCCCAUGUACAUUUCCUUCACCAGUGACUUUCUCUUUGCCGCCCUCCCAUACAGAUAGAUUUGUGAGGUGCUUGUGGCAUUGUCUCCUGGGAAAUUUCUCUAGCUGUGCAGAAGGCCAUAUUCACUUUGUUUUUCUUUUCUUUUUUGUAUAAUCUGUUUUUAUUGAAAAUAAUACAGACAUAUAACAAUAUGUAAUCACAGAGGAACACAUUAACUGACACUUAGAAAGCGGCUAGAUAUAGCGGCGUACAGUAGUAUAAACGAAAUUGCAGCAGCGUGUUCAAUAUAUCCAAAGGCUGCACUAACAUUUUUUUAAAACAGGAAACUUAGAAGAAAACAGGCAAAGGAGGUAAUAAAGAAAAUAACAAAGAAAAAGGUGACCGAGCCGAGAAUGCAAAGAAGAGAAGGAAAGGAAGCGAGAAAGGGACAGACAUAUUCAAAUAUGCAUACCCGAGACAAAUGACAAAUAAGCCCCCAUCUCAUUUCAGGGAAGAAAUAUGGGUUUUGUACGACUCAGAGGUUUUAUAUUCUAUCCAAGGCAGCCAUGUAGCUAUAAACUCGGUCCGUCUAUCCCCAGCGCUCAGUAAAAUAUCUUCCAUAUUCAUAUAAUAAUCCAGUGUGAAGAACCAGGCAUGCCACGUAGGAGGAUUGGAGGACCUCCACAAAGUUGGAAUUACUGCCCGGGCGGCAUUGCCAAGGUGUCGUACUAGUGAUGUCUUAUAGGUAGAGAGUGGGGUAGUGGAGUGGUUCAACAACCAAAAGGCCGGGUCGGAUGGGACAGGAGCAUGAAGAAUAACACUGGAAAUGGAAAUUACAUCACCCCAGAAAGUUUUAAUAAGGGGACAAGUCCACCAAAUGUGUAACAAAGAGCCUAAAUCU